UGCAACUCAUCCGUUUUAGUCGCUCCGGUUUUGUACCGUGAGAACUAGAGUUGUAAGUUAGCAUCAACGUUUUCCGUUCUCAAGUAACGGAAGGAACAGGAGGAUAAUCAUCUGCUGGGUAAAAGGCUAGUAAUCAAUGAAACUUGUCCCUACCACAAUUUUUUUUUAUUUCUUGUCGAUCCCCAAAUUUCGCCAAAUCAUCAAUCAAACAAUUAAAAUAGAAACCCUAAUCUUUUGAUCAUAUGUAUAUACUUUUGUUAUGUCCAUUAGAAUUCCAAUUCAACUCAAUUAGAGGGAAGGGAGGUGGGAAUGGCAAUACUGUACGCCCUUGUGGCGCGUGGAUCGGUUGUUCUGGCGGAGUACAGCCCCACGACGACAACGGCAAACGCUAUCGCCCGGCAAAUCCUCGAAAAGAUCCCCGGGAACAACGACACCAAUGUUUCCUACUCUCAGGAUAGGUAUAUUUUCCAUGUCAAACGGACCGAUGGACUCACCAUACUUUGCAUGGCCGAUGAUACUGCCGGACGGAGAAUCCCUUUUGCAUUUCUGGAAGAAAUUCAUCAAAAAUUUGUGAGGACAUAUGGCAGAGCUGUAUUGUCUGCCCAAGCUUAUGCCAUGAAUGAUGAAUUUUCAAGGGUAUUGAGUCAACAAAUGGAGUAUUUCUCUAAUGAUCCAAAUGCUGACAGAAUAAACCGUCUAAAAGGCGAAAUGAGUCAGGUGCGCAAUGUCAUGAUAGAGAAUAUUGAUAAAGUUUUGGACAGAGGUGAUCGAUUGGAGUUGCUGGUUGAUAAAACAUCCACUAUGCAAGGCAACACUUUCCGUUUCAGGAAGCAGGCUCGACGUUUUAGAAGCACCGUAUGGUGGAGAAAUGUUAAGCUAACGGUCGCAUUGAUACUACUUCUCCUGGUUAUAGUGUAUGUUGUUUUGGCUUUUGUUUGUCAUGGGCUUACUCUUCCAACUUGUUUGAAGUGACGAUCAACAUUAAGUGGGAUAUCCUUACCUUUUCCCAGUUAUAUGUGCAAUUCAUCUACCUUAUAUCUUGAUGAGGGAUGCUUUUUCUAGUCUUGAAGAAACCUCAGAAUUGUGUGUAACCUUUUAAGUUAAAAGUUGAGCUUGUUCAACUUGUAUGUUUUACAAUUUCCUUAUUCGAGAAGAUAAGAUGCGUGAAGUGUUCUCAGUGCCUCUCAUGUCGAUCGAGAUAUUUUGGCACUGGGAAACAGAACAAUUGUGUAAUCAAACUGUGAAACGAUUGUAAUUGUCUCUUUAUUUAUUUGUUGAAAUAAUUAUCUUGUAAUUUUAUUUUA